UAGUGUCACAUGACUGGUGUCCUCGGCCUCCUCUCGGCUCGGCUCUCUCUUCUUCCCCGGACUCUUGCUCCUUUUCAGCGGCUUCUCUACAGCUUUCUCCCCGGAUCAUGGCCACUCUCGUCGCGAACCGAGGCAUGGACAGUCUGUCUGCGGCGGCCCGGACCCACACGCAGGCGGUGACCCGAAACUACAUCUCCCAGCCCCGGCUAACCUACUCCACCGUCUCCGGCGUGAACGGCCCACUGGUCAUCCUGGACAAUGUGAAGUUCCCGCGUUAUGCAGAGAUUGUGCACCUGACUCUUCCUGAUGGGACCAAGAGGAGCGGACAGGUGCUGGAGGUCAUCGGCACCAAAGCCGUGGUCCAGGUAUUUGAGGGGACGUCUGGGAUUGAUGCAAAGAAGACAGCCUGUGAGUUCACGGGAGACAUCUUGAGGACUCCAGUGUCUGAGGACAUGCUUGGUCGUGUGUUUAACGGCUCUGGAAAACCCAUCGACAGAGGACCCAGUGUUCUGGCCGAAGACUACCUCGACAUCAUGGGGCAGCCCAUUAACCCCCAGUGCAGGAUCUAUCCAGAGGAGAUGAUCCAGACUGGGAUCUCGGCCAUCGACGGCAUGAACAGCAUCGCCCGAGGACAGAAGAUUCCCAUCUUUUCUGCGGCCGGUCUUCCACACAAUGAGAUCGCGGCGCAAAUCUGUCGUCAGGCUGGUCUGGUGCAGAAGUCCAAAGACGUGAUGGACUACAGCGCCGAAAACUUCGCUAUCGUCUUCGCUGCUAUGGGGGUGAACAUGGAGACUGCGCGUUUCUUUAAGUCAGACUUCGAGGAGAACGGUUCCAUGGACAACGUGUGUCUGUUUCUGAACCUGGCCAACGACCCCACAAUUGAGCGCAUCAUCACUCCACGCCUGGCCCUCACCACAGCGGAGUACCUGGCCUAUCAGUGUGAGAAGCACGUGCUGGUGAUUCUGACGGACAUGAGCUCCUAUGCAGAGGCUUUGAGAGAGGUGUCUGCUGCACGAGAGGAGGUGCCUGGGCGCAGAGGGUUCCCUGGGUACAUGUACACUGAUCUGGCCACGAUCUAUGAGCGAGCUGGGCGUGUGGAGGGAAGGAACGGAUCUAUCACCCAGAUCCCCAUCCUCACUAUGCCCAACGAUGACAUCACUCACCCAAUUCCUGAUCUGACCGGGUACAUCACAGAGGGACAGGUGUAUGUGGACAGACAGCUGCACAACAGACAGAUCUAUCCUCCAAUCAACGUACUUCCAUCUCUGUCUCGUCUGAUGAAAUCGGCCAUCGGAGAAGGAAUGACCCGGAAGGACCACGCAGAUGUCUCCAACCAACUGUACGCAUGUUAUGCGAUUGGCAAGGACGUCCAAGCCAUGAAGGCGGUGGUGGGGGAGGAGGCUCUGACCUCUGAUGACCUUUUGUACCUGGAGUUUCUGCAGAAGUUUGAAAAGAACUUCAUUGCUCAGGGUCCUUAUGAUAACCGCACCGUGUAUGAGACUCUGGACAUCGGCUGGCAGUUGCUCCGAAUCUUCCCCAAAGAAAUGCUCAAGAGGAUCCCACAGAGUACACUGGCCGAGUUCUACCCACGAGAGUCUGCGGCGCGCCACUGAGGCUACAGCUCCCACAAUGCACCUCUUCCACCCUACAGCCCCGACAAUACAUCUGUCCUACCCUCUGACCCUACCCACAACCCUCCUCCCCCCACAGAGUACACUGGCCGAAUUCUACCCACGAGUCUGCAGCGUGCCACUGAGACUAAUACUCCCACAAUGCACCUCUCUCGCCAGAUCCACAACCCACCUGUCUGAAAUACCAUACCCACAAUACCACUCUGCAAACAACAGCUCCCACAAUACACUUGGCCAAUGUAGGAAAGCUGUACUGUGUAACUUUUCUGAUAGAAGUCAGUCACUAUGGAGAUUUUAUCGCUUUGUUUGAAAUGUUGAGUGUGGCAUUAAUCCUCUCUAAGUUUUUAUUUAUUACUCUAUUAGAGAACAUGCAUUAGCACUCUGACUGGGGUUGCCUCUCUGCAGAUCUGACCUGUAACUCAGUGGAGAUUCUGGCUUUAUUUGUUUUCAUAGAGAUAAGUGUAAUGCCAUACUGUGGAACAUUACAGUCAAAGCAAUAAAAGUUACGCAACGCACCUUUCAAGCUUUACAGAUGUUGGCCAGGAUUGUUGUACAUUCAAACAUUUGAACUCAAAAUGGCAUCUGCAAAUGACUCCUCCUUCUCCUCCUCCUCUCCUCCUUUUCCUCCUCUCCUUCUCCCCUUCUCCUCCUCCGCUCCUCUUUGACCCUGUAGUGCCCCCUAGUGUUUGUCUGUGUCGUCGUGGGAAAAAGAAGUGAAUCUUUAUGAAAAAGUGAUUGAUGUUUUAUUUAUUCUGAUGUGCUUUGGUCCUUUUCAAAUUUCUCCUCCCAAAACCAGGAGCAUCAAACUGGGAAUGUCUGAGGGGCCGAAGAUUCUGUUUGUACAAAAUAUUUACUUUAGUUUUGUUUUUGUGGCUCGUUUUUGCUUGAAAUAAGUUUUGUGUCGUCUGAGUCAAAUUAAUAAUUGGUUAAAAUUGUGAAUAUUUGGAGCAGGUCCACCAGUGAGACGAGAGAGGCUUUUAAAAGAGGGGGGAUUAUUUUUAUUUUUCAUGUUUGAGUAAUCUAGUGAUCUCUCCCCGGGCCUAUUCAAACCCUCUUUAUGGUUAGAAGUACGAGCCUGUACAAGGCUCCACCCACAAGCCUAUGUUACCUAUGCUCCCGCAUGACAGUUCUUCAUAAAUAUAAAAAAAAAAAGAUACAAAACUGUACACAGCAUUUUGUUGUGUCUCUGGGCAAAACACUGCACCCACAUUAUAAUCUCUAUUCAAAGUAAAAUCAGGAUGUGACGGGGAGGGCAUCUGGCUUAAAGAGUGACAAAUUGACCCCCAAAAAGUUAGCUUCCUUACGUGGGCAGACACAGUUCCAGAGCUGUUAUGAAUAAAACGUAUCUCUCGUCUGAUUGGUCAAAGUUGCUCAGAUUCUGUUGUUGUUUACAUGUUUACACAUUCGCAUAUCAUUUACACAUUGUUUAUUUUAGUUGUUCUGGUCUGAGACAUUCCGCUGAGCGCUCUCUCUAUGUUGUGAGUGAAUAAAGUAAAUUAUAUGAAAAUAAUGAAAUAAACUGUUCGAAAUGGA